UAUUAAGCCUGGCGCAGUUGGUGCUGUGAAACGCUCGAGCCUUAAAUGAAAGUGUUCCUUCGACCUUAAAACCCUUCUGUCAUCAACCAACUCAUUACCAUCAACCAACACAAACAACAACAACAACAACCCAGAUGAGCUCACUACUACCCAAACCAAAACGAGUAUACGGUCAAGAGAGAACAACAACAACAGAAGAACAACCAGUAAUCCCUCCAACUUCAACACUAGAACCUCAAUCCAGCCCACUACCACUCACACCAACAGAAGAAGAAGAAGAACCAAUCCAAUCAACUACAAAGAACUUCAAACGAAUCAGACCACUCCAACUCAACCCACAAUCUCCUCAACCAAAGAAACUCAAAUCAAAACCAACAAACACUCUCGAGGAUGACGACGACGACGAUGAUCAUGAACUACCCGACAUAGACCACGCCUUCCUCAACCCAGCCAUUCCAGCCUCACCCAAGACCAUCUGCGAGCCUGAUCCGAUCAUCAACGAACCUGACGAGGAAGACGAGAUAGAUCAACUGGAAUCCGACUCAGAACCAAUCCAGGAGAAACCGAAAACGAAAAAGAAGAAACUCAAAGGUCUUAGCAAGAAGGAGAAAGAAGAAACUCAGCGGAUCAUCGCAAACUGUGAAAGGCAGAAAAAUUCAAGAUUAACCGCCGCAUGCAGAGCACCCCUCAGCAGACUAGAGGAUAUCGUCAAAAAGGCAUCAACAACCACACCCACUGGAGCGAAAUCUCGCUCAGAGCGUCCACCGUAUUCUAGAUCACAUUCAUCCACCCACACGAUCAAUCCAUUAAACCUCAGGUUAACCGAAAAAAACAAGAAACGCGACCAACCACCUACCAGCCCAAUCAAAGAUUUCUCGGAUGACGAACAGGAUGGAUUACCAACUCUCGAAGAACUCACCUCGAGAGAUCGGCUCACCACGAAACUCAAAAAUAAGACCACUAUCCCCGACUCGCUUGAAAAUUCCAAGAAGAAAGAAUGGUUAGCAAACUUGAAGAAAAACCUGGCAGCCGCUCCGGAUGAAACCAUCGAACAAUUAGAUUCAGAUUCAGAUAUUGAUAUCAUCCAUCCACCCACUCUGACCACUUCUCAUAAAAUCGACAAUCAGCCUGCUCCUUCCAACCAACUUCUCGAUCCGUUCAAGCAACGACUGAGCAGAGGAAAGACCGAUUCGAAACCGGACAAAGUUCAACCUCACUUGGCUAGUUCGCGUCAGGUACCAUCUUCAUCUAAGACUAAAACUGGCUCCGAUCCGAAAAGUCACAAUUCCAAAGGUCUUAUGGACGAUCUAUUGGCGAAGUCAGCCGUGGAUAGCGCAUUGCUACGUAAGAAAAAGCACACCGAAUUCCUCGAAAGAGGCGGUCGAGUGAUCACCAGGGAACUCACAAUGACCUCCAAUCAUAAUCCUUCCGACAUCGAAAAAGUCGAUCUGAAAACUAUCCUACAGAAGAAUAAGGAGAAUGCUGAUUCGAAUAAAGAUGACGAUGACGAUCUCGACUAUGAUUGGGAUGAGCUGGGUAGCAUGGAUGAGGUUGAGAGUAGUGAGGAGGAAGAGGGAGAGGAGAGAAACCAGGCUGAAGAUGAUCCGGACGAAGAUGAGGUAGAAAACAGUGAAGAAGAUGUCCAGAUGACCGGUCGAGCCCUCGACGUGUCCGAUGCUGACUCGUCAUCAACCUCCAAGCCUGUCGCUCUCAUGCUCCCUCCAGCAGUGGCUCGAUGUUCCAUGUCUUCGUCAAGUUCAGCAGGUUUCUCCUCGCCAUCAUUCGCGAUUCCCCAGCCUCCUCCACCGGGCCAGAUCAGCAUGACCAGCAAGAUCCUCGCACCCGACUCUACGAGUACCGAUCGCGAGUCUUCGCGUAGCUCCAAAGCGCCGGCCUCCGAGCCGUCUGAGACUGGCGAAGUACAACCUCUGCCGGGCUCAUCAUCCCCAGUCGAUUUGCCCGGAUUCCAAUUCGAAGGUCCCUCUCAUUCGGCCAAGAAACAUCAGACCAUUGAAGGCUCUCCCACUCUCACUGGCUUCGGAAAUGUUGAGUGCUCCGGGAUCGAUGGUUUUAGUGAUUCGGGAGUCGAAGGCGCUCUCGACUUGUUCCGACAGCCCAAAAGCAAGACUGGCAAUAAUAGUGUCGACAACGCGUCCGGCUUCUCUCAACUCUUUGACGAAGACGAAGGCGAUGCUACGUUCACCCAUCCACCGCCACUCUUGAAGCCCAAAAAAACCAGAAUCUUAGAUGAUGAUGAUGACAAUGCUAGAAACGGACAGGAACCAGGUAGCAAAACCCGUCAAGCCGGCAAACUCUUGGUUGCAGAUGAUGAUGAUGAUGAUGACAUGAAUGAGAUUGACGCGACUUGCGUUUUGCCUGCCGUUAAUGUCUUGCCAGAAGAGAAAGAGAGAGAUAUGAUGAUGAUGGUCAUGGGCGCUCAGGACACUGCCGUUGAAGAGGAUGAGCAACCGACACAAUAUGUCAACCAUCGAGGAUUCUUGACUCAGCAUAAGCCCAACGGUCCUCCUGAUUCGCCACUCAUGUCUCAAGAUGUCAUUGCUCGAACACCGUUUGCAUUAAGAAAAGAUGGUGCCAGUUGGCAGAGGCGAGGAUCGAUACAGAGAGAGAUGGAGGCCUCGCCGACCAAGGGCCAAGGCGGAUCAUCGUCGUGGAGGGUAAUCCGAUCCGCUUCCCCCGUUUCCGCUCCUAAACAACCAACACAAGUCAUGAACGCAUUCACUAAGGUGAUGGAUGCACAGAAGGAACAGACUGCUACUACUUUCAAGUCGCCCCCGGCUCCAAAUAAGAAGGCCCCGGGAAGCGAGGGUGCAGGGAAGAUGUUCUUGGCGGAUGAAGCGGACGAGUCGGAGGAUGAAUUUGAAGGUUUAUUAGGAAGACGACGAAAAGGAGAGAGAGGAUCAGGGUCAGAUGAUGAGAAUGGAUCAGAGGGCGAGGGGAGCUUGAAAGACUUGGUGGACGAUGGCGAGGACGAGCGAGACGAAGAGACGCGUAAGGGGGACGAGCUAGCGCGCAGAGAGCUUGACAAGAAAUACCAGGAUGAGAUGGAGCAGCGAAGGACCGAACAUGCCCAGAAGAUUGUCGCCGGUAAGGUCCGGCUCAAGCAAGCCCGACUACAUCGCUCCGGCGACGCUGCAAUCUCGGAGUCCGACUCCGAGGAUGACCUCGAGAUCGAGGCCGUCAAGGCCAACAAACGCGCCCAGGAACAUGCGGCCAAGAAAAGGAAACGGGCUAUUCAUCACUUGGCCGAUAAACAUGCUUCGUUCUUUAAGUCUUACGAGGAGGGCACCAGUAACGCGAUUGAUGACGAUGAUCUGGCCUAUCUUCAGCCUCAAGAAGAGACCAAAAAAACUAACCCGGAUGAGGACGAUGACGAUGAAGACAAUGAAGAGGAUGAUGAUGAUGGGGAAAGGUACGGGUACAGUGAGGGGGAGGAGAAGGAGGAGGAAGAAGAAGAAGAAGAAGACGAGGAGGAUGAUGAUGAUGAGCUGCCUGGUGACAUCUUGCUACAAGGGCUCAAGAAAUCAAAGAAAGCAGUCGACCAGAACGCUGGGAAUGAGAAUGAAGGGGCAAAAGGAGAAGGAGAAGGAACGAAGGGUCAGAAGAGAGGAGAGAAGAGAGUCAGGCUUGAUAGUAGUCCUGUCCUCUCUUCAGCCGCCCUCCCGGCCUUGCCUUUCAAGAUCACCAAUCACAACACCCUCCACCACCAUCAUCGGUCGAUGAUCCCGACAAAGAAGGGGCCGGCAACGGCAGGCACUAAUGACCAACACGAGGAUCUGGACGACUUGUAUGGUGCAAGCAAGUCAUCUAAAGAGGCCCUUAGUGAACGACAACGCCUGUUGGUCGUCAACGAACUCGGCCUGGGAGCUGGAUCUAACGCGCGCGAGACUGCUGCUGAUCAAGAGCUUCCGCGGCGGAUCGGGUUUGCAGGAAAGUCGGCCACGAGGUCCUCGGCCAUGUCCAGCUCAGUCACGUAUUUCAAACAAACUAAUCUGGCUACUGGAACCGAUAAAAAUCCUAGGACUUCUUCUUCUUCUUUGAUGAAGGAGAAGAACAAGAAGAAGAAAACUGAUGUUGGUCGGUCCGAUAAGCUUGUCGAUCAUCUUGAUCCUCAAAACGGUCUUCAUCGUGAUCCUUCGGGACCCAAAAAGAUCGGUAAAUUGGCUAGAUUGAAAGCUAAAAAUCCUUCUUCUAAUCCUCCACCUCCUACUACUUCUGCUUAGAAUUUCUCAUUAAUUCUUAUAAUUACUGUCUCAUUUUGUUGAUCAAUUCAUACAAUCAGGAUUAAAGCCUCCUUAUAAGUUAUCAUCCUUCUUCCUUCUUCUUCAUCUCUUGUUGUAAUCUUGUUUCUCUUUCUCUUUCUUUUUCUUUUUCUUGGAACUUGAACUUGAUUUACAUACAUACCUAUUGUUAUAAUAUUGAUGGAUAAAAUUUCUUAUGUAUAUACUUAUCUUUUUGUAUCUUGAUGCUGAUACAAAGUGUUGAAGUUUUGUGUGCUGCACACAACAGAUACAGAUAUUAGAGGACUAUGUAAUUCUUACUCUCCUUGGUGACUGUCACAGACCGAUCAUUGUGAGAAGCAUACUUCCUCACUCCCCUCGAUGGUCUG